AAGUCCAAUUAGCCAUAGUGGAUUAAUAUAUAAGACUGAUGGCUCUUUUUCUCUCUUUAUUACUAGAAACUGGUCGCUCAAAUGAAGCAGGAUCCACAGAAUGCUGAUUUAAAGAAACAGCUUCAUGAACUCCAAGCCAAAAUCACAGCUUUGAGUGAGAAACAGAAAAGGGUAGUUGAACAGCUACGGAAGAACCUGAUAGUGAAGCAAGAACAACCAGACAAGUUCCAAAUACAGCCAUUGCCACAGUCUGAAAACAAACUACAAACAGCACAGCAGCAACCCCUCCAGCAGCUCCAGCAGCCGCCGCAGUACCACCACCACCACGCCCAGUCGGCUGCACCCUCUCCCAGCCUGACCGCUUCCCAGAAGACUGUAACUACAGCUUCUAUGAUUACCACAAAGACACUACCUCUCGUCUUGAAAGCAGCAACUGCGACCAUGCCUGCCUCUGUUGUGGGCCAGAGACCUACCAUUGCUAUGGUGACCGCCAUCAACAGUCAGAAGGCUGUGCUCAGCACUGAUGUGCAGAACACACCAGUCAACCUCCAGACGUCUAGUAAGGUCACUGGGCCUGGGGCAGAGGCUGUCCAAAUUGUGGCAAAAAACACAGUCACUCUGCAGGUUCAGGCAACACCUCCUCAGCCCAUCAAAGUACCACAGUUUAUACCCCCUCCUCGACUCACUCCACGUCCAAACUUUCUUCCACAGGUUCGACCCAAGCCUGUGGCCCAGAAUAACAUUCCUAUUGCCCCAGCACCUCCUCCCAUGCUUGCAGCUCCUCAACUUAUCCAGAGGCCCGUCAUGCUGACCAAGUUCACCCCCACGACCCUCCCUACCUCCCAGAAUUCCAUCCACCCCGUCCGUGUCGUCAAUGGGCAGACUGCAACCAUAGCCAAAACGUUCCCCAUGGCCCAGCUCACCAGCAUUGUGAUAGCUACUCCAGGGACCAGACUCGCUGGACCUCAGACUGUACAGCUUAGCAAGCCAAGCCUUGAAAAACAGACAAUUAAAUCCCACACAGAAACAGAUGAGAAACAAACAGAGAGCCGUACCAUCACUCCACCUGCUGCACCCAAACCAAAACGGGAGGAGAACCCUCAGAAACUUGCCUUCAUGGUGUCUCUAGGAUUGGUAACACAUGACCAUCUAGAAGAAAUCCAAAGCAAGAGGCAAGAGCGAAAAAGAAGAACGACGGCAAAUCCAGUGUACAGCGGAGCCGUCUUUGAGCCAGAGCGUAAGAAGAGCGCAGUCACAUACCUGAACAGUACAGUGCAUCCUGGGACCCGGAAGAGAGGUCGUCCUCCAAAAUACAAUGCAGUGCUGGGGUUUGGAGCCCUUACCCCAACAUCCCCCCCAUCCAGUCAUCCUGACUCCCCUGAAAAUGAAAAGACAGAGACCACAUUCACUUUCCCUGCACCUGUUCAGCCUGUGUCCCUGCCCAGCCCCACCUCCACAGACGGUGAUAUCCAUGAGGAUUUUUGCAGCGUUUGCAGAAAAAGUGGCCAGUUGCUCAUGUGUGACACGUGUUCCCGUGUGUAUCAUCUGGACUGCUUAGACCCUCCUCUGAAAACGAUUCCCAAGGGCAUGUGGAUCUGUCCCAGAUGUCAGGACCAGAUGCUGAAGAAGGAAGAAGCAAUUCCAUGGCCUGGAACUUUAGCAAUUGUUCAUUCCUAUAUCGCCUACAAAGCAGCAAAAGAAGAAGAGAAACAGAAAUUACUUAAAUGGAGUUCAGACUUAAAACAAGAACGAGAACAGCUAGAGCAGAAGGUGAAACAGCUCAGCAGUUCUAUAAGUAAAUGCAUGGAAAUGAAGAACACCAUCUUGGCCCGGCAGAAGGAGAUGCACAGCUCCCUGGAGAAGGUAAAGCAGCUGAUCCGCCUCAUCCACGGCAUCGACCUCUCCAAACCUGUAGACUCUGAGGCCACUGUGGGGGCCAUUUCCAACGGCCCGGACUGCACCCCCCCUGCCAACGCCGCCACCUCCACGCCGGCCCACUCCCCAUCCUCCCAGAGCUGCACAGCAAACUGUACCCAGGGGGACGAGACUAAAUAACAGAGCCCCGCGAGGAGAAGCCACGGGAUCCCGGCAGCCAGGAGAGCAAAAACACUGAAGACUCUAGAAAAGCAAAGCCGGAUUUCUUCUGGAAAGUACAGAAUUCUUUUGGUUCUUUGGUUCCAGAGAGAGAGAAGAUGCUUGUGCCAGGCGGCACCAGAGUUUGCCAAUCGAUCCUUCUUAUUCUGUGUGUACAUGCAAAGAUUGGACCAUGUUACAUGAAAUAGUGCCAGCUGGAGGUCCUUUGCCAGCACCAUGCCAAGUGAAAUAAUAUAUUUACUCUCUCUAUUAUACACCAGUGUGUGCCUGCAGCAGCCUCCACAGCCACCAUGGGUUUGUUUUUGUUUUGUCGGGUGGGGAGCAGGGACGGGCGGAGGGAGGAGAGCAGGUUUCAGAUCCUUAUUUGCCGAGCCGUUUGUUUAGGUAGAGAAGACAAGUCCAAAGAGUGUGUGGGCUUUCCUGUUUCUAAACCUUCACUACUAUAAAACCAAAAAAA